CAUUAGUGGGUAGGCUUGAAACAUCACCAAAUUGCUCCUUGUCUGUCCUGACCGAUGUCAACAUAAGAGAAAACAUUUUUCGAAUUAUUUUCAGUUUUUUGUCGAAAUAUAUUAGUAAAUCUACCAGAAUUCAAUGGCAGAAUAUCAGUGGCCUUGGGAGUAUAGUUUUCCACCCUUCUUCACGGUUCAAUCCCACGGGGGCACGAAGGAUCAGCAGCUGUCGACUUGGAAAUCGCUGAUCCUCGACUACCAGAAACACUCGAAACAAGCAGUGCUAAACAUCAACGAAGACAGUGUUCCGUUCGUCAAUGAGGCCAUAUCGAGGAAGCUAUCGCCCGAGGGACGCCUCUGGGUGAUGGAAGCGCUGGAGAAGACGGCCAAUGCUGCCCCGAUGGACAAGCGAAAACAACAGUGGGAAGUUUACUGGCACACUCUGGACGAGUGGAGCUCCCUGCUGCAUGGUUGGGCCGUGGCAAACGGGAUGACCAACACGGUCUGCACGCUGUACGAACUGGUGGCCGGUGAUCACACCGUAGGAGAGGAAUUCCACGGGCUGGAUCAGACCGUGCUGAAAAAGGCACUGAAAGUGCUGGAAACUAAGGGCAAAUGUGAACUGAUUGCCUUUGACGAUAGCGAGGGGGUUAAGUUCUAUUAGAUUUUUUUAAGUUAUGUUGUAUGAAAUAUAUGUUUAUCAAAGUAAAUGAUAUGUAAAUAUAAUUUAAAUGAAGAUA